AUGGACACGCCGGCCGUGGACACGAUCAUGGCCGGCGCGGACGUACGAGUCGAUGCCGGAGUUGAUGCUGAAAAUGUUGAAGGAAACGACGAGGAACAUCCAACUCCAGCUGGCAAGAAAAAGAGAAGGCAGUACAAAGAUGAAGAAAAGCAAAAUCUAUUUGCCAUGAUCUUGGAGAGGUCUUCUUUGGGUAAAUUGAAUCAUGGAAUUACUAAAGCUAUCUCCGAAACAAACAUUCCUUUGCGAACUAUACAACUGAGAUGGCUGGAGGGAAAGAAGGCUGGUGGAUUGCAGGGAGUCUUGAGCAAGAGGACCAAGAAUUGUGGCCGCAAGAGGAUUGCUUUCAAUGAAGAUGCCAUAAAGGAUAUUGAUCUAAGAAAGAGAACAAGUCUCCAAGAUCUUGCUAAUGAGUUGAACAUGGCAAAGACUACCUUAUUCAGGCGUUUGAAGGAGGGCAGACUCAGGCGGCAUUCUAAUGCCAUCAAAUCAACACUGACAGAAGAAAACAAGAGGGCUAGGGUUCAGUUUUGUUUGUCUUUGUUUCAGCCAUUAAGCAUCCCAGAAGAGCCAACAUUUGAUGGAAUGGACAACGUCAUCCACAUAGAUGAGAAGUGGUUCUAUCGCACUCGGAAGAAUCAAAAAUUCUAUUUGGGUCUCAAUGAGGAAGAUCCGAAGCGUACCACACAAAACAAGAAUCACAUUGAAAAAGUGAUGUUCCUUGAUGUGGUGGUGAGGCCUCGAUAUGAUGAUGAUGGCAACAUGACAUUUGAUGGCAAGAUUGGCAUAUGGCCUUUUACAUUCCUAGAGGAGGCUAAGAGGGAUAGCAAGAACCGCGACGCGGGAACAAUUGUUACUAAGGUGUUGCCGGCGGUGACAAGGAAAGUUAGCCAAGAUUACAUGGUGAACAAACUUCUUCCUGCCAUUAAGGAGAAGUGGCCUGCUUCGGACCGCGGUUAUCCUAUAAUCAUACAACAGGACAAUGCCAAAACUCAUAUUCCCGUUUUUUUUGCAGCCCUACAAGCUUUAUUUCAGAAGUUGUUCCCAGGUUCACUAGAUGACAUUGUUACCAAGGUGCUCCAAGCAUAUGGAGAGUACCCCCCUGAGAGGAGCAACCGCAUCUUCCUCACUUUGCAGUCCUGUAUGCGGGAGAUACUCAAACUUAAUGGCGGCCAACACUAA